UACAUAAUCCAAAUGUGUUUUGAAAUGUUUGCCAAUCUCGGUGCCAGUGUGUCGUAUUAUUUGUGAAGAGCCGGUUCUCGCAAUUAUUGGAGAGAUAUUAUAAGGCGGCUGGCUACGGAACAGUGCGGUGACAAGUGAAAUGUUGCGAGCUUCGUUGACAGUACUGGCCCUCAUUGGUCUAUUCGGGAUAUCGGCCAGCCUGCAGGGGUCAUGCCCACCGACGCUCACAGUAGACCUGUGCGACCCAGCUUGCGGUCCCUCCAAACCCUGCAACGAGACACAGUUGUGCUGUCCAACCGCAUGUGGAGGGUCCAUGUGUGUUGACCCUGUGUCGGAAAGACACGUCGUCACUUUAGUGAAGGCUGGUCACUGUCCGGAGAAUCCCCAAGGAGUGUGGGUGUGCGCACACAGCUGUACCGGCGACUCGGACUGUCCUAGGACGCUCAAAUGUUGCCACAACCGUUGCGGGGCGCUCCGAUGUAUGAAGCCCGAGUAUCACGAAGACAACACUGUUCCACCGGGACAAUAAUUUAAUUAUUUUUAAUAGUGAUUUUAAGAUAUAAGUUUGAAACGUAUGUGGUAAAUAUUAGGUAAUAUGUCGAAGAGUAGAUUAUUAUUUCAGUGAAACCUUAUUGCAUAUUUGAAGUGUAACAACGGUCAUCUGGUGCAUGGUUAGAUAUUAUACAGAAUAUUGACGAGGAUGAUUCAGACCAAGAUUCUGAGUAAAUACCAAGUGGAAUUUUCCGUCGCAAAAUUCAUGUUUUUUUUUAAUUUUGUAAUUAUUUUCAGUUCUAUACUUUUGCGAUAGAAAAUUCCACUUGAUAUUAUCUCAGAAUUAUGAGCUGAAUAAUUCCUUUCAGUAUUAUUUAAUUUU